CAGCCUGACAGCCUCCGCCCAGCACACGGGCGACUGUCGCUCCACAUCGGACAACAAUGACGGACAACAUCCCGCUACAGCCCGUACGACACAAAAAACGACACGACAACAAACGCAGAGACGGGUGCUGCCCGUGGUCCAGAUGCUGUGGUGGAGGAGAUUUCCGGCCCCGGACCGUGUGGUUGGGCCAUCCGGAAAAAAGAGAGCAGAGGUACCCGAGAAAUGUCAUAAACAACCAGAAAUACAAUUUCUUCACAUUUCUGCCUGGGGUAUUAUAUAACCAGUUCAAAUACUUCUUCAACCUUUACUUUCUGCUGUUGGCUUGCUCUCAGUUUGUGAAUGAGCUCCGACUGGGGGCGCUGUACACUUACUGGGUUCCUCUGGGGUUUGUAUUGAUUAUUACAAUUGCGAGGGAAGCCGUGGAAGAGAUUCGAUGUUUUUUGCGAGACAAAGAGGUCAAUUCGCAGAUCUACAGCAAGCUCUCAACAAGAGGAACUGUGAAGGUGAAAAGCAGCGGCAUCCAGGUUGGAGAUCUUAUCAUUGUUGAAAAGAACCAGCGUGUUCCAGCCGACAUGAUUUUUCUGAGGACUUCUGAAAGAAAUGGCUCCUGCUUUUUAAGGACCGAUCAGUUGGAUGGAGAGACAGAUUGGAAACUGCGCCUCCCAGUGGCCUGCACGCAGAGAUUACCCACAGCUGCUGAUCUCCUGCAGAUCAGGUCGUACAUUUAUGCCGAAGAGCCGAACAUUGACAUCCACAACUUUAUCGGCACCUUCACUAGAGAAGAUGGAGAUCCUCCAGUCAACGAGAGUCUCAGCAUUGAAAACACACUGUGGGCCAGUACUGUCAUUGCCUCGGGCACGGUGGUGGGGGUGGUCAUUUACACCGGUAAAGAGCUGCGGAGUGUGAUGAACACCUCCAACCCGAGACAUAAGAUCGGUCUGUUUGACCUGGAAGUGAACUGUCUGACGAAAAUCCUGUUUGGUGCUCUGGUGGUGGUGUCGCUGGUCAUGGUAGCCCUCCAGCAUUUUGCCGGUCGCUGGUAUCUCCAGAUCUUCCGUUUCCUUCUGCUGUUCUCCAAUAUCGUGCCUAUCAGCUUGCGUGUGAAUUUGGACAUGGGCAAAAUGGUGUUCAGCUGGAUGAUCAAGAAAGAUUCAAAGAUUCCGGGGACGGUCGUGAGGGCGAGCACGAUACCAGAACAGCUGGGCCGCAUCUCUUAUCUCCUCACAGACAAAACUGGUACACUUACUCAGAAUGAGAUGGUGUUCAGACGUCUGCAUCUUGGAACGGUGGCGUACGGGAUGGACUCCAUGGAUGAGGUGCAGAGUCACGUGUUCAGCGCUUAUACUCAGCUGCCCCAAGACCUUCAGGCUUCUCGAGCACAAGUUGCCACCAAAGUGAGGAAGACCAUCAGCAGUCGAGUGCACGAGGCGGUGAAGGCCAUCGCUCUGGUGCAUAAUGUGACGCCUGUGUACGAGUCCAACGGUGUUACUGACCAGGCUGAGGCCGAACAGCACUAUGAAGACACCUGCAGGGUUUAUCAAGCAUCAAGUCCAGAUGAGGUGUCUCUGGUUCAGUGGACAGAGAGUGUGGGUCUGACCUUGGUUGGCAGAGAUCAAUCUUCAAUGCAGCUGAGGACCCCUAGUGGACAAAUCCUGAACUUCACAAUCCUGCAGAUUUUCCCUUUCACCUAUGAGAGCAAACGCAUGGGCAUCAUAGUGCGUGAUGAAUCCACAGGAGAGAUCACGUUUUACAUGAAGGGAGCAGACGUAAUGAUGGCCGGAAUUGUUCAGUACAAUGACUGGCUGGAGGAAGAGUGUGGGAAUAUGGCCAGGGAAGGCCUGAGGGUGUUAGUGGUGGCCAAGAAAUCCCUGACAGAAGAACAAUACCAAGAUUUUGAGGCUCGCUAUGUGCAGGCAAAGCUGAGCGUGCACGAUCGCUCACUGAAGGUUGCCACAGUGAUUGAGAGUUUAGAGAUGGAGAUGGAGCUGCUGUGUCUUACUGGAGUAGAGGACCAACUGCAGGCCGAUGUCAGACCCACACUGGAGAUAUUGAGAAAUGCUGGGAUCAAAGUUUGGAUGUUGACUGGGGAUAAACUGGAGACCGCGACCUGCACAGCUAAGAAUGCACACCUGGUGACCCGAAAUCAGGACGUACACUUGUUUAGACCUGUAACCACCCGAAGUGAAGCUCACCUUGAGCUCAACGCUUUCAGGAGGAAACACGACUGUGCACUGGUGAUAUCAGGAGACUCUUUGGAGGUGUGUCUGAAGUAUUAUGAGUAUGAGUUUAUGGAGUUGGCGUGUCAGUGUCCGGCGGUCGUGUGUUGUCGCUGCGCUCCCACACAGAAAGCUCAGAUUGUCCGUCUGCUACAAGAACGCACCGGCAAACUCACCUGUGCCGUGGGGGAUGGAGGAAAUGAUGUCAGCAUGAUCCAGGAAGCGGACUGUGGCGUGGGAGUGGAGGGCAAAGAAGGGAAGCAGGCGUCUCUGGCUGCAGAUUUCUCCAUCACUCAGUUCAAGCACUUGGGCAGACUGCUCAUGGUUCACGGACGUAACAGCUACAAGCGCUCUGCGGCCCUGAGUCAGUUCGUCAUCCAUCGCAGUCUCUGCAUCAGCACCAUGCAGGCCGUGUUUUCCUCAGUCUUCUACUUUGCAUCUGUUCCACUUUAUCAAGGUUUCCUCAUUAUCGGGUAUUCCACUAUCUACACCAUGUUUCCAGUGUUCUCUCUGGUUUUGGAUAAAGAUGUCAAGUCUGAGGUGGCCAUGUUAUAUCCUGAACUGUAUAAGGAUCUACUGAAGGGUCGGCCUCUUUCGUUCAAAACCUUUUUAAUAUGGGUCUUGAUCAGUAUCUACCAAGGAAGCAUCAUCAUGUACGGCGCUCUGCUGCUGUUCGAGUCAGAGUUUGUGCACAUCGUGGCGAUCUCCUUCACCUCUCUGAUCCUGACCGAGCUCCUGAUGGUGGCAUUGACGGUUCAGACCUGGCACUGGCUGAUGAUAGUGGGCGAGCUCCUGAGUCUGGCCUGCUACAUCGCUUCUCUGGUCUUCUUACAUGAGUUCAUCGAUGUGUAUUUCAUCACUACCCUGUCAUUCGUCUGGAAGGUGACGGCCAUCACUUUGAUCAGCUGUCUGCCUCUCUACAUCCUCAAAUACUUGCGGCGAAGGUUCUCCCCUCCGAGCUACUCCAAACUUACCUCUUAAAGACACCAGAGCCCCCCUCACAUCUCCAACCUCACAGCUAACACAAGACUUGAACUUCUGGUUUUAUUCAGAGCUUCUAACCCAUUUAAACUAAACUCUAUGCUACUAAAGGUGUGAGUUUUAUUAGAUCAAACUGGACUGGUUUUGUUUCUUUGGUUAAAGUCUCAGUUUAAAAGCAUUAGCAAGUGUCUUCAGAAUGUCUGUGGACACUUGUGCCGUGCAGUCACCAGACGUCUGAGAGCCAUUUAGUCUGAAUCAUCCGAUUUGACUCCUUUGAAUAACUCUCACUGGAUGACUAAACAUACUGGUUUGCUUUGGGAUUCAUUUAUGACACAAAGGGACAUCGAAAGUGCUCAGGUCAUCUGGAAGUUUUUUUUUUUAAUUAACAAUAUAUUAUUGUUACACAUCUCGAUUUCAAGUUCGGUGAAUUGCUUUGUAUUUAUAUUCUCACGAAAAGGAGAAAUUUGCACAAUUAAAGGGAUAGUUCAGCGAAAAUAGAAAUUCAGUCAUAAUUUAUGUACCAUCGUGUCAUUUUACACAUUUUAUAUGACUCUGGAAUGUCUCAGUGGCUUUGUGUUCAUACAGUGAAAUCAGAAUGUGGUUUGGUUACCAACAUUCUUCAAAAUAUAUUUUCUGUGUUCAACCGAAAGAAAGUCAAUUAAGAAUGACAUGUGGAUGAGUAAAUGAUAAAAAAAAAAAUUGAGCUUUCAUUUAAAAAGAAAAAACAUGAACGCUGGAAUUAAAUCUUUUACUUAUUUAAUGAUCUUUUAGUAUAUUUAUAUUGCUUUUCCAAAACAAUAUUAUUUAAAUGACUUGAAAGGAUUUGAUCAGGUAAAACAGAAACAAAUCUGUUGUGCAUCCCUCAAAACUCUAAUAUUAUAGCGUGAAAUAUUCAUCGUACUUGUGUGUUUGUUCGUGCAUGUUCAACCUGGAAACGAGGUUAACUGGAAGUUGUUUUUAUCCUCAAAAGUCUGAGUCGCAGCAGGUCGUCUAAAGAGCAUGAAUGAUACAGUGCCAUAAAAAACCAUGUUAUUUUUGCAUUUCCCUGUCUGUAUGUUUGUACAGGAUUAUUUGUCCACUCUUGUGGUGACCUCUUGACGCUAGACAUGGUCACUUUUUACCCCAACCUCCCCCGUAGAACCCUGACCAUUACACCUACUCUCAAUGACACGGUGGUGUAAAGGGCCAAAUCGCAUGAUGCAUCUUGGUUUUGUUUCCUUCAGGUGACAUGAAGCCACUGUGCAUCUUAACAUUUAAAAAAGUGACCUGCACUCAGCAUUACUCACUGUGUGUCUGUGUUUGUUAUAAUCGUGCCAUAUUCUCUUGAUUUUGUUGGACGGGCUGAUUUUGUUUCUUGUGAAUCUUGUCGUAUUCAACUCUUUGCAUGAAACAGAAUUUGUACAGAUUGUGAUGUGGAUGUAAACUCAUGGACUUUUCUUUGACUGUUUUUAUGGUUAUAUAAAAUGUCAGGACUCAUUCAUUCAACAAUUCGUAUUGUAACCUACUGAAUUGUAAAUAACAAAAAUGGCUUAUAUUUAUUAUGCUUUUCUUAUUUGUGUUAGAAUUUGCACUCUACCGAACAAACAAAGGACGUGUGUCUCCGGACUAAAGGUGUUAAAUAAAAAUCUUCUUUUAUGAACUAAUAAUCUGUUCGUUG